UGUCGACUUGCUUUUCCCUGCGUUUGAUCCAGAUUUGAUCACCACUUUGUCAAUUUCGUCCAGCCUGUCCUUAGCAUCGUGGGCGUUUCUCUUUGCAUGAGAUCUUCACCGCAGUUCGUCAGUUGACACCCAAGCACUUUGGACCACGUGCAUCCCAAGCCUGCUGCUUUACUCCGUACAACCAGCCGACGUCGCUGCGAGGCCGAGGCCACCUUUCCACCCUUGUUUCAUCGCAGACAGCAAGCUCCAAAACCGAUCUUCAGCUUGCAUCGACAAGGGAGGGGGACACCGGGUAGUCGAAAGUCGUAAAUCCACGGCGCAGCUGCGAUUGACUGCAGCAUGGCAUCUCAGACGGCCGAUGCCACCGACCAACCCCCACGAACCAUCUCUUUGCUCCGUCACGGCCAUGCCUGGAACAACAUGAUCUCGGGCUUCCCAUGCAGGGACCCCAUCCUGACCGAGCGAGGCCGCGCACAGGCCUCGGCCGUCCAGCUCUCCCAGCCCCCCGACCUGAUCGUCGUGUCUCCCCUGACCCGCACCCUCGAGACCGCCAUCCUCGCCUUCGGGCCCCUGAUCCGCGGCGCCGGCGGCCCCACCGCCUCCGUCCCCGUCCAGGUCUGGCCCUCCCUGCGCGAGUGCGGCGACAGGCCCUUCAACCACUGUCGCACCCGCUCCCAGCUCGAGAGGGCAUACCCCUUCCUGGACUUCUCCGAGUGCAGCCGCUCCGGCGUCUACGACAACAGCAGCGAGCGGAGGGGCCACCGCCGCGCCCGCCGCGUCCGCAGGCGCCUCAUGGAGCUCUCCCAGACGUACAACCACAUCGUCGUCGUGAGCCACCAGGGCUUCAUCCACAGGCUGAAUGGGGGCUCUGCUAGGUACCGCAACUGCGAGUGCUGGACGUACCGGGUUGGCGUCGACUUCAGCAUCACGGACGAUGGAGACCUCGCUGCUCCCUCGGGAUCCAACGGCCCGACCCAGGUGGCCGCCGGUGAGGAGAGCGAGGUCAACGAGGCCGACUGAGUAGUGUUUCUCAGCCAUGAGGUCCAGAUGGUGACGGUUGUGCAGCCACGGGAACGGCAAGUGACCUCACUCAUAUUGCCGCAGCAUAUCUGCAAGUAGCUCUGAAGCAAGCGUUUAGGUCCUUUCUGGGAAUAUUCUUUGAGAUAUGGCCGUAUUCCAUAGCUCCUAGCGGCAGAAAUAGAGUGGCCGAGGCCGUCAGCCAUGCCUUGAGAUGGAACCACGGGCCCCGGUAUUUGUGGCUGUGUCGCAGAUGGCGACUUCACCAGCUCCCUUUUCACGUGGCUAUGUGGAGGCACCAAUCAGGUAUAUGCUUUGCCUUGACUGUUCACGCAUCUACGCACUUCAUCUUUAAAUCCAUAUUUUGCCAUCCCUA